CAACCGAUGACGGACCCUGCAUGCGUGGGUGAGAGCGUCGUGGCGCGCAGCUGCAUGCAGACCGCGCCACAGUGGUCGCCUCGCGUUCAACCCCGGACCACCGCUCUUGGACCGCUGGCCUGGCCCACCGCCGUAGCUGCUGCGGAUUCCUUCAAGAAAGGAGCGUCCUCAAUUACAGCCUCCACCCCGAAUCACUGGCUCCUGCUCUUUCGGGACCGGUUGCGGUGAGCAAUAACGGGGCCUUCAUGGAAUUGCCGUACACUGAACAUUUCCCGCACCCCUGCUCACCCGAAUGGACGGACCUGUGCUGGCACUCGACACAGGAACACAAGGACUGGAGACGUGAGGUUCCCGGGUUCCUCUUUCUGGAGUGCUCUGGAUGCAGCAGGGACAGCGCUGGUGGAGCGGCAUUUACUCAUUCUACGCCCAGCGCCCAUGAUGAUACAGCAACCCAUCGUCCAGCGGAGCCCCGAGGGGAGCCGCGCAAGGAACGCACCGCCUUCAGCCGCAGCCAAGUGGAGACACUCGAGGCGGAGUUCUCGCAACGGAACUACCUGACCCGGCUUCGGCGCUACGAGAUCGCCCUGGCUCUGGACCUCACCGAACGGCAG